AUGGUGGACGCUCAGGCGAAUCCCAUCCACGCGGGUAGGGGCGACGGGGAGGAGGGAAACGGAAGGCAGUCUGUGGGACGGUUGGCACGAGGGGAUGCUGACGUCGGGGUUGCUGCCAAGGGGGUAGCGCCGGCGGAGCAGGGUCUUCAACAAGCGGCUGGGGAGGCGUCUGAGCAACAGGAAGGGCAGCCGGCGCAAGGGGUUCCGGCUCGGGUGGCGUGGACACGGGCGGCGGCGGCUGCUGCGGCGCUUGAACCCCCUCCGCCGCCAGUUGUGGCGGUGUUGGCGGAUGAGAACUCGGCGCGGACGCCAACGACUGGGCCAACGGCUGCGGGGCCGGCUCUGAUGCCGAGGACAGCUGCUGCUGCGACGUCGAAGACUGCGACAUCGGUGGCGGAAGCUGCAGGGGCUGGGACUGCGCCACUUGGGGCUGAGCGGACGGACCAAGCGGGCGGUAAGCCUGAGGUCCUUGCGGGCGCUGGGGACGAGGCGGCCGACGACGGCGAAAGUUCUGCCCGCGAGGUCGCAGUUGGGGAGGUGCCCGGCCACGGGAGAACCGGAACAUCGGCUGGCGGGGGGCCGGCGAGGGAGGAGGAGGCUGCGAAACACCGCCACCUACUCCGGCCGCAACCACAUCCGCGGCGGCUCGGAGCAGGGCUGGGACCUGCCCGCCCUGGGCCCCUUGCGGGGUGGGAGGAGCAAGUGGACUCGGCGGACGCUCCGGCACCUGGUGUGGGCGUCGCUUGCCCGUCAUCGAAUGUGCCUGCGGACACGGCGGAAGGGACACACGAGGCGGAGGCUGUUAUGGCGGUGGUAUCCGAACUGCCCGGCCGCGUGGCGAAUCCUACAGUUUCUGCCGAGACUGACACUUAG